AUGAAAUAUCAAAUAGAUAAUAUAGUUGUGCUAUUAGUUGCAUUAUUUGCAACGAUUUGCAUAAUUGAUUUUCCAACAUCAAAUGCUCAGUAUUUUGACCCAACUGCAAGAUGUGAACCCUAUGCUGGAUAUCCAGAAUGUAGAGAUAGAUUAAAAAAUCCAAAUUCAGUAUGGGUAUCAGAAACUAUUACACAAGAAUUAUUGUAUACCAAUUUAUCAACGAUGCUUGGUUCGAUGCAAUUUAUGCCUCCUUCAUGUGCCAAUGAACAUACCUUCAAGUUACUAUGUAACCAGUAUUUCCAAGAGUGUGUAGAUGUUGUCGUUUCAGUCAAUGCCAAUAUAUCGGUGGCCUUAUUUAAUAAGCAAUGUAGAGAUGACUGUAUACGUGGGUUGGCUGAUUGUCCAAUCGACAAGAGUUGUGCAGACCUAGUUCCCUAUUACAAUGUUUGGGAAUUUCCAGAAAAGGAAAACACAUUCAAUCUAUCAUUGGUAGGAGGGAAUGAUUUUACGAUUCAAUGUUUUGCAACAGACUCUAUUAUUACAAAUGGAGGUGAUAUUCCUUGUCCUCCACCAUUCUAUCUUAGAAACUCAACCGACAGACAAGCCGAUAUUGACGCAGGAUACAUGUUUAUCCAAGAUACUAGAUGUGUUCUUCCAUGCCCAUCGCCAUUCUUUUCUCAGUCUCAAUGGGACCAACUCUCAAAUAUGGCCUAUGUCCUAGGAACAAUCUCAUUUAUUACCACUCUUUUCAACAUAUUUACCUAUGGAGUACUCAAUCGUAAAUAUGACAGACAUUCUAUAUGUAUCAUUUUCAUGUCAUUUUCAUUUUGGCUUGUCAUGUUGACUGAUGUAGUCUUUCUCGGAACAGGAUGGGAAUUGAAUUGUCCAGAACCAGAUAGAUAUGGUAGACAAAGUGAUGCUGGAUGUGCAAGUACUGGUAUUAUUUUUCAAUUUGGUGUAGUUUCAGCAAUUAUGUGGUGGUCAACAAUGUCAUUUGAUUUAUGGAUCGUUUUAAAAAAGGUAAAGAAUACCAAAUCAUAUGAAAAGCUAUACAUUAUUGUUAUCAAUUCAAUAGCUUUGAUUUUAACAUUGGCACCAUUGUCAAAGCAACAAUAUGGAUACAGUAUUGCUGGUCUUGGUUGUUGGAUUUUAGAAGAUAAUUGGUUAAAUGGAGUAUUUUGGGGUCCAUUAUCUGUAUGUUUAUUUGCAGGUAUAUCAUUUAUAGUUUUAAUUCUUUAUGAAGUAUUCAAAAUUGUAAAUAGAGUAGACACUGGUAAAAAGAAAUCAAUGAGAAUUUUAAAGUAUAAUUUGAAACCUUUUCUCAUUAUUUUGUGUCUAUUUGUUGAGUUUGCCUAUAUGUUUGGAUACCAUUUCUACACCCAAGAGAAUAUGGACAAGUAUGAAAAAGGAUUGGAAGAUUACAUUAUUUGUGUUGUUACAGGUGGAACCGAUUGCACUGCCAAUACUAUUCCAUUUGGAGCACACUUUGUUUUCCUUUUCUUUAUUAGGCUCAUUGGUAUCGAAGUAAUGGUAUUCUAUGGUCUCAAUAGAAGAGCAAAGAAAAUAUGGAUGCAAUCAUUUGUUUUUAAUAAUAGAUUCUUUACCUUUUCAUUCCAAUCUACCAAAUCAACAAGUGGUUCGAGUAAAGAACAAAAUCAAAAACAAAAUAGUGUAGAAAUGAAAAAGGUUUCAUCAAGAACUGAAGAAUCUGAUGUUUCUGAUAAUCAAAAUAAUAAUAAUAAUCAAAAUCAAAAUAAUAAUAAUAAUCAGAUGACAUUAAAUGUGGAUGGUGCCACUGAUAAUUUGUAA